AUUCUGUAUACUUUCACGGUUCAGUGAAAGGACAGCCUUAACUUCAGCCAUGUUCUCUUUGAAGACCACUGUUACAUUGGCUUUCUUAGCCGUGCUGUUUGUGAGCGCUCACUGUGGAUUUGGAGAAGGGACCAAUUCCUACAACUAUGACCUGUCCAAGAUGUCUGACCUGAGAAAGCUGUACAACUCCAAGGUGUACGUGGCUGACAGGAUGACACGACCUCUGAAGGGAACGUCCUUCCAAGUGGGACUGCUGAGCCACUCUGGAGUCAGGGUGACGUUGGCAGAUGGAACCAAGUGGCUGGUGCACAAGGGGGAUGGCUAUGGCCUCAGUACCCAGACGGUGGUGGUACACGCACGUCACAUGAGCGACAACUGGAAGAUUAUUGAGACCAAAAACUUUGGGGGCUCUAAGACGGUUUCGGAUUUUGUGAAACAGGGGGGCACUGACUACAGCCUCAUUUUUGACAACUGUCAUGAUGCAUCUGGUCGCAUGAUGGAUCAGUGAUGAUCACUUUUUUUGGAAUUCAUUUUUUUUUUCAUUUUUGCAUGUAAGAAAAGAAAAACAAACAGCAUCAAACAUCUCAAUAACCGCAUCUCCCACCCUUAAUUCUUGCAGAUGAGAGUUCCAUAAAUAAAAUAUCGAGCUGUGGUUAUGCUGCUGAUCACAUUUUGUGUGGUGUUUUGUGUAAUGAUUUCUGUUUAUGUACUGCUUAUGCACUACUGUGCAUUCUCUAACAGGAAUGUAAUUAUCGGUGUUAUGCCAAUAAGAAGGGAUCCCUCCUUUCUAUAAACUGCAGAAUAUGUGUUCAUAAUAAAUAGAAUUUUUUUAUUUCAUUUCAA